UUGUUACCGAUAUCACUUACACAUGUAUGAUAUUGCCCAUCUGAUAUUUUAUGUAAUACAAGCUCAGCGCUCAGUUGUUAAGUCGCAAAUUGAUCCCUAGGCAUGAGACUCGAACUCUAUGUUCUGUCGUGGAAGUCACAAAGAACACGGAGAAAAGAUACUACGGAUAUUGUGAUCUCAGCGGAGAUUGCAACAACGUCAGCGUGGAUCAUACACAUCAUGGCCACAUGUAACUGCCCAACUUUGUCCUGCAUGGUUUCGGUACUACGUAGUCUGAUAAGUGGGAUCUGUCUACUGGCCCAUCCGUUGCUCGUAAGCUGCGCUCUAUGGAAAGACAUUGAUCUAACUGCGAGAUACUGAUCUGAGAUCAGGGUCAUGCUCAACUGUACAGGGCUUCCUGGUAACAAUGAUAUCGGCUAUACACAU